AAAAUAUUAUAAUUUUUAAAAACAUUACAAAUGAUUUUAUAUAUAAAAUUAAUAAUUGUCCUGAUAAAGAAUUUUAUCAAGAACUUAAACCUGGAAUUGAUAAAUUAUGUUCUUCUUGUUAUAAUAAAAUUGCAGACUCUUAUCAACAAGGAAUAUCUACAAUAAACAGAGUUAGAAGAUUAGAUAAUUUAAUUCAAAUUAAUGAAACUAAUACUUUUAUGGAUUUAGUAGAAAUUGAUGAAUUUAAUACUUCAAUAUCUAAUGAAAAUAAUAGAUCUAAUAGUCCUAUAACUUUAAUAAAAACUAAUAAUUUAGUAAAUUUAAUAGAAUUAAUUGAAAUUCAAAAAAAAGAAUUAACUGAAAAUGAUUUAAUUGAAAUUAAUCAACAAUUUGUAGAUAUUAAAGUUGAUAUAACUGAUAAUAUAAUUUCAAUGGAUAAAAAAAUUUUAAUCAAUUAA